AUGAAUCUGGCUACGCCUCCGGUGGAAGUGGAUUCUAAAGGGGAUCUAGUCAUCAUUUGUUCUGGCAUCCCAUUACUUGUGACAAAGAGCGCUCUUUCCUUAUCUCCGCGCUUGUAUGAGCUUUGUGCGAUUGGCAACGACAGCAGUCUCCGCCGCGGCGAAGCGCAAUCGCCUCAACCAACACAACAUGUGCCUACACCGAUCUACGUCGCCGAAGAGCCAUAUAUAUUCCUCCUCUUCCUGAACGUUCUGCAUCAUAAUACCAACGCCCGACCACGUUCACUCGAUGCUGUUGCUUGGACUUCUCUUUCAGCCUUGGUCGACAAAUACAUCUGCAGAGUCGCGUUGCUUGACGAAGGACGAAGAGAGUGGCUACAACCCAGCUUGCAGCACGGGCUCAAGGCCGAGGAUGUUUGGAGGCUGCUGCGAUUUGCCUACAACCUGGGUUUACAAGAGGGUAUGUCGGGUGUCUCAAGAACAAUUGUACAGAUGCGCUCCGAGCCAUUUACCACGUGGGACUUUGCGAAGAACAAUUUAGGGGACAUGCCGAGAGCUAUCCUUGAUCAUCUAGACCGGUGUCAAGGCGUCCUCUUCUCAAGAACAAUUCAAGCGCUCUCGAGCGUCACGACUACCAUGGCCGUUUCGAGGUGCGCAUCGGCGCAAGCGUACAUUGGAAAAUACAUUCAGGAACUAGCUGCGAAGGGGAUUCUACCGGAGACGCGGGCAUUCCGAGAGAAGACGUAUUUGCAGGUUGUGGGUGAGGCUCGUCGGAUACCGGAGGAAAUCUACAUCAACUCCAAAUGCGGGAGGAAUGGCCCGGAAUGCGAAUGCGUAAAGCACAUCGGGUUUGCGCAGAAGCAGCACUUACUUCGUCAGCUGGCAAGAUGUUUGGAUACCAACAACGUGGUACUGUGUUUGCGCUGUCUGGGCGAUACCGAAUGUGAAGCUCAUCGUUGA